AGUAACGCCCAUCACCAUUUCUGAGCCACAAAAACAUCAUCAUCCGGAUCUGCUGCUUUACCUUCCCACGUUUAACAUGAAGCUUGUUUUGUUUUGUUUUAGAAGGAAGAUAACUGAUAUAUGGACAUACAUUUUUUCCGGCGAGCGAGAAGAUUAUACUCCGGCCAACCCCGUUCCCCUUUCACGCCUUCAAGGUUCAGAACUGCGUUAAUGUAUCUUCAUUUUGGUACCGCGCCCACGAGAAUCAAACUGGUGAUGUGUGUUCUCGGAUUGACCAACCCAAACAGAAAUGCUAUGCUACCCUAUGUUGGUUGGUAGGUUUAGAGCAAUUGAUAUUUUGGAAAGCAAGGAUUAUGUUUUCAAAAUAUAACUUAUAUAGACAUUGGUUGGUCAUUUAUUACCAAAAGUGAAAUUAGCUUUUGUGCUGGCAUGCGGUCAUAUCUUAGGCGUGCAUGGGCCAUGUGAUGGGGAUGCCAUCCAUAUCAUGCCUGGUGAGGUCAUCAUCUCUUGCCCUAACAAUGACAUAUGGGGAGGGAGAGUGGGAGCUUUCUUUUUUUAAUCAAUCACAAGUGACGUCGUACCCUCCUUAGGGAGAGAGAGUGACUGCUAGCUUCACCACCUUCAACCUUCUCCCCCUUCCUUCUCACCUCCUUGUGCAGGCUGCCUUCUGAGUGGGUGGGAGAGAGACCCUUCUGAUGUUCCUUUGCCUUUCGCAGAUUCUACUUUUGGAAUCAGAGGAAAGUUCUGCUUUUUCCUGGUUAAUUUACUUUGCCUUUUCCUUUCUCCCUUUUUCUGGGCGGAAAUGGAGCAGUAUGACUCCAACAGCAGCUCAUCGUCUUCCUCAGCGAUAACCUUCCAGCCUUCCAAAGAUUUUCCGGCUAAGAUGGCAGCGUCGUCGCCGCCGGAGAUCGACGGCCUUCUCGCCGACGCUGGGUACUUGGUCAAGUCAUCGGAUUUGGUCCACGUCGCGCACCGCCUGGAGCAGCUCGAGAACGUCAUGGUUGCUGCCCAGCCGCCCGUAAUCUCCCACCUUGCCUACGACGCCGUCCAUUACAACCCGUCCGACCUCGCCGGAUGGGUCGAAUCCAUGAUAGGCGAGCUCGGGCCCUCGGCAUUGCCUGAGUUUCUGGUCGAAGACUUCCCGACGAUCGACUUCCCCGGCAACUACCAGAUGCCGGUGGCCGGGUUCCAAAUGCAGACCACAGCCGCGGCCGGCGAGGAAGAAAGCCUGGUUCCAGCUCAUGACAACGGCGGUGUCAGGCCGGAUUUCACCGGCACGACGGUCGAGGAAGAUUCCGGCAUCCGAUUAGUGCACCUGCUCAUGUCCUGCGCCGAGGCGGUCCAACGUGGGGACACCCAAUUGGCUGCCAUCUUGAUUCAGGAGAUGAGGAUACUCCUGAGCCGGAGCAGCACCGGCGGAAUUGGGAAGGUCGCCGGAUGCUUCAUCGACGCGUUGAGCCGGCGGCUGGGCUACGGCCCGACUCAAGCAGUCUGCGCCGAGUCUGCUCUAGAAAACGAGAUUCUCUACCACAACUUCUACGAGGCGUGCCCUUACCUCAAGUUCGCGCACUUCACCGCCAACCAAGCGAUCCUGGAGGCAUUCAACGGCCACGAUCAAGUCCACGUCGUGGACUUCAGCCUGAUGCACGGCCUGCAAUGGCCGGCCCUGAUCCAAGCCCUGGCCCUCCGGGUGGGAGGGCCGCCGCUCCUCCGGUUGACGGGCAUCGGACCACCGUCGCCGGACGGUCGCGACGCGCUCCGCGAGAUCGGCUUGAAGCUGGCCGAGCUAGCCAAGUCCGUGAAUGUCCGGUUCUCCUUCCGCGGCGUGGCGGCCGAGCGGCUCGACGACGUGAAGCCGUGGAUGCUGCAGGUCGACCCCAAGGAAGCGCUGGCCGUCAACUCCAUCAUGCAGAUGCAUCGGCUGCUGUACUCCGACCCCGGCCGCGGCUCCCCCAUCGACUCCGUCCUCAAGUGGCUCAAAGGGCUGAAGCCGAAGAUCAUGACGGUGGUGGAGCACGAAGCCAACCACAACCAGGCGAGCUUCAUGGACCGCUUCACCGAGGCGCUGUACUACUACUCCACCAUGUUCGACUCGCUCGACAGCUGCACCCUGAUGCCGGAAAAGUCGGUCGCCGAGAUCUACCUGCAGCGGGAGAUAUGCAACGUGGUGUGCUGCGAGGGGCCGGCUCGGGUCGAGAGGCACGAGACGCUGGCUCAGUGGAGGACGCGUCUGGAAGGAGCAGGGUUCAAGCCGCUGCACCUCGGCUCCAACGCGUUCAAGCAGGCGAGCAUGCUGCUCACGCUCUUCUCCGCCAACGGCUACUGCGUCGAGGAGAACAACGGCUGCCUGACGCUCGGCUGGCACAGCCGGCCGUUGAUAGCGGCUUCCGCUUGGCAGGCCGCCGACUCCGAUUGCCCCGACGGCCACGCCGUCGAGAACAUGCUGUAAUUAUUUUCCUCCUCUUUUGCCCAAAAAACGAAAAUCGAAAAAAAAAAAAAAAAGAUGUGGGGCUUUUUUUCCUUUCUCCCCAAAGUGAUAGAAUAAAUGGAAUUAUUUUCCCGGUA